AUGUUUCGAAUAUUCGAACGCCUCAAAUGGGGUUACCAAAAGCUGCAUAUCAGCUCAUGGAUGCCAUUUCUAGCGCUAGUGGCUUAUACCGUCUUUGGCGGUUUCGUGUUUCGAGCAAUCGAACGCGAGCCCGAUAUUCAGAGGCGAGAAGAUUAUAGGAAUCGAACGCAUUUCGCAUUGCAGCAGAUGGUUGAUAGAAUGCUCGAGGUCAAGUGCUAUGAUCCACUGUCAAAGAAUGAUAUCCGCCUACAGGAGAAACACGCAAAAGAGGCGAUUUACUGGUUUUUGGAUCAUUUGAAUUUGACGGUAGUCAUCGAUGAGAACACCGACGAGACGCCGUGGACGUGGAUCGGCGCGAUGUUCUAUGCCGGCCAGCUGUACACGACCAUCGGCUACGGGGUGCCGACGACGAAAACGCGCGGCGGACGAAUCGCCACGAUUUUCUACAUCCUAUUCGGAAUUCCCAUUUUUCUCAUAAUUUUGAAGGACAUGGGUCGAUUGUUGUCGCGCUCACUUCGCAAAUUGUACAAACGGAUUCGGAGCUCGAAACGAAAAAUUGCUCAGUCCACACCGUUGUAUAAAAUCACGUUUCCGAUGAAGGUAAAAAAUGAGAAAGAUCCUGAGAAAUGCCUACCUCCAAUGUAUACCGGCGAGCAGGAUAAGAAAAAAAAUCGCGAUGAAACCAGUUUUCCAAUAUCAAUUGCAUUGACAAUUUUAAUCUUUUGGAUUUUAUUCUCCGCCUCAUUAUUUUGCAUUUGGGAGCGCCAGUGGGGUUUUGUCACCUCUGUCUACUUUUUCUUUGUGUCAAUUAGCACGGUUGGGUUAGGGGACAUUGUAUUUUCGAAUCCGGAAAUGAUGAUCUACAACUUUGGAUUGAUCCUUGUCGGCCUUGCCUUACUAUCAAUGUGCUUCAAUCUAAUUCAGAAUGCGUUGGAGCGAAUGCUUGAUAGGCUUUUGGACGAGUAUAUUGAGGAAAUUGAGAAGAUGGCCGAAAUCGUUACAAAUGACGACGAAAUGCAAGAGGAGGCGAUUCCGUUGGAAUUCAAACUUUCUGGAAAUCUUCUUGCAUUGCCAAUGAAGCGCGUCGCCAAUGAUAGCGGAUUUUUGGCUGAAGCCAAGGGUUGGAUGGCAGGAAGAAUUGCGAAUAAUUUGAUUGCUUCCCGACUUGGGCAUACGGCUGACAGCGAAUCAGAAAACGACGAGGAUGAAGCUGAAAAGAAUGAAGAGCAAGACAAGUUCAAUGUGGCAACCGUCGAUGUUGUCGUGCACGAUGCGAGAUCAUCGCGACGGCAGAGUAAAGUGAGCUGCGCAAAUUCGAAUUCGUCGUUUUCCACAACGUACACCAACUCGAUGGUUCCCGAUGACGAUUCGCUGAUGUCAGCCGCAUUCUGCGAUUUGAAGUUUGACUACGCCACUGAGCCAUAUUCGCCGAUUUCGAUUCACAAAAAUUCGUCACAAUCGAUAUAUAGGAUGGACGAUGACGAUGUCAUGAAGUCGCCAACCAAAGCCAAUUUCAAUUCAAGGAAGCCUGGACUUCCUCCGCCGCCUGUUCCGCGAAAGCCCGCAGCAACAACCAGCCCCUUGCAUAGUGUUCGUGAGCAUCAUGUCGAUGAGGAUAGAGAGAUUCUGAUGACACCUCGACGACUAGCAUCAAUGACUGAUAUCGACCCCAAGAAAGUGGCACUCGAAAACAAUCCAGAGCUCAAACAUGCUCGACAGAUUUGCGGACUAUUACCGCAUGAUUUUGAUUCGCCUUCACAAUCAACAACGACCUCACAAAUGGAUUCAGGGUACGAAGCUUCAAGACUGGAUAAUAAUUAA